AUGGAUUAUAGCUGGUUUGAGGGAAUUACCAACGCCAGUAGUGUUCAAACGUGUACGCCAACCGGAUCCAUCAUGUCCCAGAGCUCCUAUAAGAUGUGGGGUGGUCGCUUCAGCGAGAAGCCCCAUGAAGCACUCCAGUCGCUUAACAAUAGUCUGCCCUACGAUUCUCGCUUGUAUGCGGAUGACCUGGAUGCCAGCAAGGCGUAUGCAGAGGCGCUCCACAGAGCGGGUCACCUGAACGAAGCCGAAGCCGAUAAGCUGGUGAAGAAUCUCGAGUUGCUGCGAUUCGACUGGAUCGAAGGGUCUGUGAAGUUCCUGCCUGGUGAUGAGGAUGUCCACACGGUUAACGAACGGCUUUUGGUGGGAAUAACCGGCGAGCUGGGCCAGCGGCUUCACACGGGGAGGAGCAGAAAUGACCAGGUGGUCACCGACAUGAAGCUUUGGCUUCGCAAGGCCAUCCGCGAGACCUUGGGCCGCUUGAGUCGGGUCAUUGAAGCUGCCACCCGGCAGGCGGAACUCCACCUGGGCGUCCUUAUGCCAGGAUACACGCAUCUACAGCGGGCCCAGACCGUCCAGUUCUCGCACUGGCUGCUGUCCCACGCAUUCGCCUUGAGGGAGGAUGCCCAGCGACUGGUGCAGCUAAGGGAUCGGUCUAAUGUCCUCCCCCUGGGAAGUGGCGCCCUGGCGGGCAAUCCGCUCGGCAUCGAUCGGCUGUGGCUAGCUGAGAGGCUGGGAUUCUCAGGAGUCACGGCCAACAGCAUGCACGCUGUUGGAGACCGCGAUUUUGUGGUUGACUUUAUAUAUUGCUGCUCUAUGGUGAGCCUACAUCUGUCCCGAUUGGCCGAGGAUCUCAUCAUAUAUAGCACCAAAGAGUUCGAUUUCAUCCGACUGGCUGAUGGCUUUUCCAGUGGCAGCAGCCUGAUGCCCCAGAAACGCAAUCCGGACAGUUUGGAGCUCAUUCGCGGAAUGUCCGGAGUGAUCACCUCCAAUCUUACGGGUAUUAUGAUGACCAUCAAGGGCACUCCGUCCACCUACAACAAGGAUUUGCAGUUUGACAAGGAGUACUGCUUCCAUUCCUUCGAUAAGCUGUCCCAGGUGCUCGAUGUGACCGACGGAGUUUUACAGACGAUGCAUGUGAAACAGGAAUCGAUGGAGGCGGCUCUUAGUACGGACAUGUUGGCCACUGAUUGGGCCUACUAUCUGGUGAAAAAGGGUAUUCCCUUCCGCCAGGCGCACCACAUUAUCGGUCGCGUGGUUACAGAGGCUGAAAACCGGGGCGUGGACAUUACGGAUCUGCCACUGGGCGAGCUGCAGGCCUUUAGCCCUGUAUUUGGAUCGGAUAUCGUUCAAGUGGCCGACUACUCCAACAAUGUGCAGCAGUACAACGCGAUCGGCGGAACCGCCAGUAGCAGCGUCGUGGAGCAGUUGCGAUUGCUCAAUAAGUUCGUCAAGGAACUGCGCAAACAGUCAUAGGGAUCUCAAGUUCAUUCAAUUUUCCUUUGUGUAACAUAUGUAUAUAUCUUAUUACUCGUGAUUAUUAAAUUCACUCAAUAAUUUACAACGAUUAA